CUUUAUUAAGUUCGUCCACCGCUUCCAUUCAACCACCAAGAAGCCAAAAAGAAGCUGAAAAGGAGCGAAGAGAUCGCUUGAUAGUCUCGAUAUCGGUUAAUCCGAGCGAAGAAGGAAGAAAAGAAGAGAUGGCGGGGGUGGCGUCUUGGAACCCCUUGGCCCUGAAAGCCCUUUCGGCGGCGGCGGGACCCCUGAAAACCCCUCCGGCGGUGGCGGUCCCGCCGCACCGCCACCACCCUUCCAUCCACCCCGCCUCCAUCGGCGCCCCGUCGCCCCUUUUCCUGGAAGCCCCGAUCUUGAGGAGCGCAGGGCGGCCACCGCUCGCCGCGGUGUCCUUCCGGCUCCGGGCGAUGGCGGACGACGACGAGUGGGGCGACGAGAGAGGGGAGGAGGAGGCGGCGGGUGGAGUGGCGGUGGCGGAGGAGGGGAAGGUGGAGCCGAGCGAGGUCGGAGAGCUGAAGCGGAAGCUCAUGGAUUUGCUGCGCGGGACGGACCGAGGGCUGGAGGCGUCGAGCGAGACGCGGGCGGAGAUCGUGGAGCUUAUCACCCAGCUGGAGGCCAAGAACCCCACACCUGCCCCCACCGAGGCCCUCACCCUCCUCAACGGCAAAUGGAUCCUCACGUAUACUUCGUUCUCGCAGCUGUUCCCGCUGUUGGGGUCGGGGAGGCUGCCGGAGCUGGUGAAGGUGGAGGAGAUAUCGCAAACGAUCGACUCUGAGAACUUUACAGUGCAGAAUUCGGUACAAUUUGCAGGGCCACUUGCCACCACCAAUGCUAAGUUCGAAGUCCGAAGCCCCAAGCGCGUGCAGAUAAAAUUUGAGGAAGGCAUUAUUGGCACUCCACAGCUAACAGACUCCAUCGUUAUACCCAAAAAGGUGGAGUUCCUGGGACAGAAUAUUGACCUCUCUCCUUUCAAGGGUGUGAUCACUUCAGUCCAGGAUGCAGCAUCAUCAGUGGCUAGAACAAUCUCUGGACAACCGCCAUUGAAGAUCCCAAUCAACAACAACAAUGCACAGUCCUGGUUGCUAACCACCUACCUCGAUGAGGAGCUUAGAGUCUCAAGAGGUGAUGGUGGCAGCGUUUACGUUCUCGUCAAGGAAGGUAGCCCUCUUUUGAACUAGAGGCACUUCUACCAUUUUAGCUUCCUCAGAAAAGAGAGAUGUCCUCAAGCCAUGUUCAUGGUGCAUGAACAUACUGUAUUUUGGUAGAAUAUAGUUAUUAGGAGCCGUUUGUGCUCCUUUCCCUUGUGUGCGUGCUUUGAUAGUAAAGUAUUAUACAAUGAAAUCUUAAGAAUUUCUUGGUGAAUAAAGGGGAAAAACUUGUGAGCAUUUCUAUCUGAA